AUGUCGAAGGCUUAUACCGCUGAGGAAAUCUCGAAGCACAACACGCGCGAGGAUAUCUGGGUCGUGAUUCACAACAAGGUGUACGACAUCACCAAGUUCCUCGACGAGCAUCCUGGCGGCGAGGAGGUUCUCCUGGAGCACGCCGGCAUCAACGCGACCGAGGCGUUCGAGGACAUUGGCCACUCGGAGGAUGCCCGCGAGCUGCUGGAGCAGUACCUGAUUGGCGACCUUGAGGGCGCACCGCCGACGUCCAUCCCGCGUCGCGAGGAGGCCGACGGUGAGAGCACUGGUGUGCGCGGCAAGCAGAACAGCAGCUCGAUGGGCUUCCUUGUGCCCCUCGGCCUGGCCGUCGCCAUUCUGGCGUACAAGUGGUACCUGUAA